GCCACGCUCACUCACUGUGACAGUGCCAAAGCAAGCGGAGAACACAAGAAGGAGGGGUAGAGAGAGGAAAGCAGAAGCCUCGAGAGUGCUGGAGGAGAGACUCGUAGUGACAGAAGGGUCAGAGGGAGCAGUAGAGGGAGAAAGGAUAAAAAGAAUGAAGGGCUGAAAAAGAAAAAGAGAUGGAAGGAUGGGAGAAAGAUAUAACGACGCAGACGUAGCGGUGAAAUUUCCAGCGCUGGAUAGACACAUCUAAAGACAGGAAAGAAGAUAAACGUGGAGCAACUGAUACUUGCCGUGUGUUCGUGUGAGGCAUCGUGACUGACGGAGAUCGCGUGAUGCCUACUAAUGGAUUAUAAGAGAUGAAAGAAAGGACGAGUGUGUUUUAGCGUAAGGCUUGAGUGAGGGCGAGUCUGAAGUGCAGGGGCAUCCAGGGUCAGCGUGAAGUGAAGCGAAGUGAAGAUUCGGCUCACGCUUUCAUCACAUAGACUCUCAUCAUGGGAUUUCAGAAGCUCUCAUAGUAGGUCUCUUCUACUCUACUCCACUUCCUCCUGUUGCUGCUUAACUCUCACAGAGACACAGGGAGAAGGAGAGAACAGACCUCAGUAGGUCUGAGGAGCGCCGUGGCAGUACGUAGUAUUUAGUGGAUGCUUCCAGUAACCAGCCAUGGGGGAGUGGACCAUCCUCGAACGCCUCCUAGAGGCUGCCGUUCAACAGCACUCCACUAUGAUCGGGAGGAUUCUACUGACGGUGGUCGUGAUCUUCCGGAUCCUCAUUGUAGCCAUCGUGGGUGAGACGGUGUACGAGGACGAGCAGACGAUGUUCCUGUGUAACACCCUUCAGCCCGGGUGCAAUCAGGCCUGCUACGACAAGGCCUUCCCCAUCUCGCACAUCCGCUACUGGGUGUUUCAGAUCAUCCUGGUGUGCACACCGAGUCUGUGCUUCAUCACCUACUCUGUGCACCAGUCGGCGAAACAGCGCGAUCGCCGCUAUUCCUUCCUCUACCCAAUCAUGGAGAAGGACUACACCCGAGAAAGCACUCGCAAAGUACGAAAUGUCAACGGCAUCUUGGUGCAGCACCCAGACAGCAGCGGCGGUAAAGAUGAGCCUGACUGCCUAGAGGUCAAAGAGAUCCCUAAUGUAGCACGUGGUAUCACCCACAGCAAAAGCUCCAAAGUACGUCGGCAAGAAGGAAUUUCUCGUUUCUACGUCAUCCAGGUGGUGUUCCGUAACGCCUUAGAGAUCGGCUUCCUGGCAGGACAGUACUUCUUGUAUGGCUUCAGCGUACCAGCCAUUUUCGAGUGUGAUCGUUAUCCGUGUCUAAAAGAAGUGGAGUGCUACGUUUCGCGCCCCACCGAGAAGACAGUCUUCCUGGUGUUUAUGUUCGCCGUGAGCGGCAUCUGCGUGGUGCUCAACCUGGCCGAGCUCAACCACCUCGGCUGGAGGAAGAUCAAGACGGCCAUCCGGGGUGUCCAGGCACGCCGCAAGUCUAUCUGUGAGAUCCGGAAGAAGGACAUGGCACACCUGUCACAGCCUCCCAACAUGGGCAGGACCCAGUCCAGCGAAUCGGCAUACGUUUGAUCUUUCAAACAGAGUCAGAGGUUUAAUGUUUGAUAGUAAGGGAUAGGGAGUAGCCUUACCAAACCACACCCCAUUUCCACCAACCAACCACUCCAUCCCCAUGUGUUAGAUAGUGUUGUGAUGUUGCAUGAGAAAGAGAGAUUCUGUUUCUGGAGAGUCUCAAGGAUAAAUACGAGGUCUGGGAGAGGACCGAAGAGCGGAAGAGCCGUCAGGGAAAGGUGACAGACUUCCACAUACAGGAACCAUAAUGUCUUGGAUCACCUUAAAACUACUCCUCUUAGUUUGUAGAAAAAAAUAAUAAUGAAUUGCUCGAGAUAGCAGGAGAGCGUCGUUCCUGCGGCGGAUCAUAGUGAUAGAAGAAAAUGACUGUUUAUGCUCGGUUUUGUCAGCGAGUCGUGCUAAAGAAAACAAUGGGGUGUCUAAACAGAUAUUCACUCCUUUUCUUCUCUCCCAGUCUCUUCUACUUCAUGUAAACUUCAUCAUGACACCUUUAUAUCACAGUGUCCUGCCCCGGGAUGUCCUCUCUCUCUGUGUCAGUCUGUCCCUCCCUACAUAACAUAUCAGAAAAAAAAGAACGAGAAGAGAAACGUGCACAAAGAAAGGAGUAAAAAUGCUCGUAACAUUAUCCUUUAUGAUACUAUUUAGUGCCAUGACUUUUCAGCUACACAUAAAUAUAAAUAUAUAAUUCGAUAUUCAGUUACCAACUGAUUAUAAAUGUAGAAUGAUUUGGCUUUAUCACGAGAUAAGAUGAAGCUCGUCGUCAUGACGUUAUUCAGAGAUUUCCUAUAUACGAAUAAGUCUUAGUGAAUUAUUUGUUUUUUUUCUUUCUACAUCGUUUCUGAGAAAAAAGAGAGAUGUUGUAAAGGCAUGACGUUGAAAAAGGCAUGUUUAUGACGCACAUCCUGUUGUGCAGAAGAAAUGUGUUUGUUUUGUUGUGAGGGAGCUUUUCUUAUUUGGCGAUUAGCUUUUGUUCGUCUGUGGCGUGUUUUGAGUUGCAUGCCUUUUAGAAGAAAAGAAAGGGAGGAAGCAUGCAUGUACAGGUGCACCUUGUUUAUCAGAGAGAUGGGGGGAGAGAGAGAGAGAGAGAGAGAGAGAGAGAGAGAGAGAGAGAGAGAGAGAGAAACUCACUCUGGGAAGGGGUCUGCUGAUAAUGCUCUUACAGCGAGAUUUCGUUUAGUUCACUAGCCAAAGAGACAAGAGCGUAGAGGACACGGAAGCAGCCUUGAGGGUUACGUCUAUACGAAGUGACACGCACAAGCUCGACUGCUCUAAAGAGACUCCUUAGCCUUUAGUGGAGAUAAAGAUGGAAUGGAAUGACAACACUCAAGAUCACUCCAUGUUUUAGUGUCCUUACUUAGAGCUGAGCAAAUUUAGUGUCUUUGUGUGUGUGUGUGUGUGUGUGUGUGUGUGUGUGUGUGUGUGUGUGUGUGUGUGUGUGUGUGUGUGUGUGUGUGUGUCUGAGCUAUUGGUAAUCCAAGGUAUUAAAACAAGGUAUAAGGUGUCCUAUAUUCAUGCAGCAAACACACACACACACACACACACAAACACAAACACACACACACACACACACACACACACACACACACACACACACACACACACACACACACACACAAAUACACACACAC